AUGUCUGUCUGUGAGGAUAUACUUCUUUGCAAUUACCGCAAGUGCCGAGUCAAGCUUUCAGGCUAUGCAUGGGUCACAGCCUGCUCACAUAUUUUCUGUGACCAACAUGGCAGUGGAGAGUUUAGCCGUUCACCAGCGGUCUGCCCUGCUUGUACCAGUGCCCUCUCUGGCAAAUUGGAUAUUGUUAGAACAGAACUCAAUCCUUCUGAGGAAUAUAAGGCCAUGGUCCUAUCUGGACUGAGGCCAGAGAUUAUUCUAGACAUCAGUUCCAGGGCUUUGGCUUUUUGGACAUAUCAGGUUCACCAAGAGCGCUUGUACCAAGAAUAUACCUAUAGCAAGGCAGAGGGCCACCUGAAACAGAUGGAGAAAGUCUACACUCAGCAACUCCAGAGCAAAGAUAUGGAGCUGACAUCCAUGAAAAGUGAGGUCUCCUCCCUAAAGAAAGUACUGGAGGAAUAUAAAAAGAAAUUCACCGAGCUUUCGGAGAAACUCAUGGAGCGCAACCGGCAAUAUCAGAAACUGCAGGGCCUGUAUGAUAGCUUGCGCUUACGAAACAUUGCUGUGGCCAGCCAUGAGGCAGGCCAAGAGCCUCCUAUGAUGCCUCAGCCUGCUGUCUUUGGUUUCCCUUUGGGUAAUGCUGCCAGGCUCUCUGGGAAAACAACACCUAUCCAGGGCCGGCAUGGUGAGGGGGACUUCCAUUUCAAACCCUUCUUUGCCUCCUCUCCACCACUGGACGAGCCUGGCAACAGCUUCUUUUCCUUUGCCUCUCCUGCCAAUGAUUUGGAACAGCACACAGGAGGCAACAGGGCCUAUACAAUUAAGAGAAUGUAAACUGUAAUUUAUGUUGAUACUUUAGGCCUUUUUGAAAAUCCAGAUUAGGCAUGAAGCUUUGCUGCGCUGGACAGAAAUGCUUGUUGCAGAGCUGAGGUUUUCAAAAGAACCCACAGGCUAGAACUCAUUGAAGUCCUGUGGGUGUUAAAUUUCCUGAAAAUCCCAGACUUUGCAAACCUUAAAAGGGGGGUGGGGAAGCCUACAGUUGGGACUAAGAGUAAAUGCUCCAGUUACAACCAGUUCCUUUCGAAGUCAUUUUCUCUCUCAACAAGAGAGUUUUUGCUGUUGUUAACGGUUACUAUACCUACCCACUUGAGAUUAUUACAUAUGUUACCAUUGUUCUGUCACACAGCAACACCCCCUUCAUACAUGUUGUUAUGGCUCUGGCUGUGACAUUAACAAACUUGUACAUAGUUACCUGGGAGAUAAGGUCUGAGAUGUAUAGGACUGGAAUUCAAAUGCUUGUUAUCUUGUUUUAACUGUAAUGUGUUGUAAUACUCUCUCCUUCUGAUGAUCACUCUGAACUAUCACAUCCAUGUUGUAAUGAUAUUUUCCUCCAAUUAUGUGCAUAAACAUGUUUA